AUGAGCAUUCUUCAAUACACAGACACUAUUAGUGCCCCAGAUCUUCAGGUAUGGAACAACGCUGCAUUUGACAAUGGAGAUUCAGACGAAUCGGCCGCCAUCAAGGCUUCUUGGGGUUCCUUGCAAUCUAUCUCCAUCAAUCUUUCAGAAUCAACGGCAUCUUAUUCCAGCAAAGAAAAUCUGAGUCCUGCUUUCAGCAAAUCGAAUGUUUCUUUAAAAUCUCCAACACCCCUCAAGCCCCUGCGACAAAACGACGCCAACGGAAGAUCACAAGGGAUGCCAUUAAAACUUCUCUUCAAAGAGGGUAUGCUUCUUCUUUCCCCAACUCCCUCCAAGACCGAAAAUGAAACCAUCAGUGAUGACAGUAAGAUCGAUACUGAGAUCGAACAGAUUGAAUUGGAGAUCAGCCGUUUGACAUCCAAAUUAGAAGCCCUUCGGUUUGAAAAGGGUGAGAAGAAUUUAAAAACCACUGAAAGGGGCGGACGAAUAGUUCCUGUAAAGUUCAUGGAGGAGAAACAGAGCACAAAGAAUUCAGUCAUGGCAACAAACAUGGAAGAACCUCCAGCAACGAUCACAGGUACAAAAUUCCAGCGGAGGGGCAUCAGUCUGGGUCCAUCAGAAAUCACCGCCGGCAUAAGAUCUAGGCAGAUGAGCAAACUCGAAAUCACCCCUAUUCAGUCCAUACAGAACCGCCGGAAAUCAUUCUUUUGGAAGCUUGAAGAUAUCAAAGAAGUUGAGAUAAGGCAGAGGAGACGGAGCUUGAGUUCAAGCCCAAAAUCAUGCUUGUCUGUUUCCAAGAUCCAAGCUUCCAAACAAGCACUUACGACUGUAGGCUCAAAGAAAUCUGUGAAGCGAGAUGAUUCACUCAUGUCCUCCAUUCAACCCAAAAAACUAUUCAAAGAGGGGGAAAAAUCUGUCGCCUCCAAGAAACUGCUUAAACCUGGGAGGAUUGUAGCAAGCCGUUACAAUCAGACUUCGGCACAGGCUUCUGGAAAUCCCACAAAACCUGAACUGAGGAACAGAUUAUUGCCUGAAAAUGACGAGUACGACACAAAAAGGUGUGAUAAGAAGCGGGUCUCAGUUGGAAAAUCACAGGGAUCUCAGGCUGAACAGGGGCGGAAUCAGGCAAAUGAAAACCAGUUAAAGAAGCGGUGGGAAACUCCGAGUGACGCUGCAACGGAUCGGCCGAAGAGUUUGGUGAAUGGAUCACAAUUUUCUGUUCUGAAAAUGGCUGAUUUGCUUCCGCGGACUCGGACCUUACGGGGCAUAGACGAAAGUGGACGAGAUUCUGGACCUGCCAAGCGGGUGUCCGAUUUAAUUGGGGGAAAAUCAUAUUUCAGUGCCGAGGAAACAGAGGUGGAGACAUCAGUUUUCCAAACCUUAAAUUUUGAUGAAGAGGAGGAAGAACAAAAUGAGAAAUAA